AGGGGAUUCUUGCGGAAGUGACGUCAGAGCGACAUGGCGGCUCGCUGUUUCAUUCCGGAUUUCCAGUGGACUACAAAAUAAUUUUAUCCGGACCGGCUCCACUUUGAGCGACUUGGGUUGAGCGUUUGUGUCCAGACAGCACAGAGACACGGCGCAGCGCAGCGGGACCGGCCUGGGAAGAGUCCUGCGGCUUUCCCGGGAUAUUUUUGAACAAGGUUCAAGGUGGUCACCCUGUCGAGCUAGCGGCGGCUCGGCUACAGGCUAAAGCUGCCUGUGCUAGCGUCGAGCUGCGGCUAACUUCACCAGCAGGCGCUUUGCUUUCGUUUAAUAUUCUGACCCAGCACGUUUCUCUUGAACAGUUGUCAUGCGGGGGCACUUUGUUUCAUGUUAAUCGUGCCACAAGUGUGCAGAGCGGUGGACUCACACGUUUGUUUGGCCUCUUCUAAUUCAACCUGUAGUUUGGCGGCUGUGGUCAGAACCGCUUGAACUGUGUCUGAAGAGUCACUUUACCUAAACCAAGGACUUUCCUGUGCCCUGUAUCAAAGUCUGGUGGUUGUGGGUCUUUGGUGCUGUUCAUCAUGCUGAAGACCCGGCAGUGUUUACUUGGCAUCCGCACUUUUCUCGGCGUUACGUCCAGAAUAUGGGGCUUCUUCAUGUACAUCCUCAGGAAGCACCUGAGAACGAUAAUCCAGUAUCAAACAGUGCGAUACGAUACGUUGCCUUUGUCUCCCAUCUCCAGAAACCGACUCAACGCUGUAAAGAGGAAAAUUUUGGUCCUAGACUUGGAUGAAACCCUUAUCCACUCACAUCACGACGGGGUUUUACGGCCCACGGUUAGACCAGGAACACCGCCAGACUUUAUUCUCAAAGUCGUCAUUGAUAAACAUCCAGUCAGAUUCUUCGUUCAUAAAAGGCCGCAUGUGGACUUCUUUUUAGAAGUGGUGAGCCAGUGGUAUGAGCUAGUGGUUUUUACUGCCAGCAUGGAGAUCUAUGGCUCAGCAGUCGCAGACAAGUUGGACAAUAACAGAAACAUCCUGAAGCGCAGAUAUUACCGACAGCAUUGUACAUUGGAUCUAGGUAGUUAUAUUAAAGACCUUUCUGUUGUCCACGACGACCUGUCCAGUAUCGUCAUCCUGGACAACUCGCCCGGUGCUUACCGUAGCCAUCCAGACAAUGCAAUACCUAUUAAGUCUUGGUUCAGCGAUCCAAGUGACACUGCACUUCUUAACCUGCUGCCUAUGCUGGAUGCACUAAGGUUUACCGCUGAUGUCCGCUCCGUCCUCAGUCGAAACCUCCAUCAGCACCGCCUUUGGUGAUGGGUGCAGAGGAGGGGUCUCCUCUUUAGCUGGCUUCUGUCCUGCCCUCCACUCCCACACAGACGACCCACAAGCCCCUGCUCGCUCUCCCGGGUUCACCCUGAGAGCGGAGUCCUGGGGCAAGCACCUAAAGACAUGGACAAUACGGGAUCACCGCAGCCCACAAGCGAUUUGGGAGGGAGGAGCCAGUGAUUUUUUUUGUUUUUGUUUUUUUUUCUUUGAUUCUUUCGUAUUUUUUUUUUUCCAAAAUAAAAUGGGAGCCUCUCUGCCUUAUUGCUCCUGAUACUGACUGAGCAUAUGGAGGUAAGCCUGUGUAUGAAAGUGCUUGCCGAGUUUGUUAGUCAUUUUUAAACUUUUUUCUGAUGAUUGAAAAGAAGGGGAAGGACGGAACCACAAAGCAACACGGACAGCCUCACAUCUCCCACCAUCCCCAAACGUUGCACUUAAGCACACAUAAUUUACCUCCUUCGCAAAUGAUUUUAUGACGAUAACUUCCUGAGGCGCCUCGUCUCUACACAAGAAUCAAUUUUACGGUAUGAUGGAUCAAGAUGCUUGCAGCAGACUUUUUCUCCUGUCAGAAGUUCCCCUUCAGAGUUGCUCGAUGGACUAAAGAGUUGUGAGAUCAAAAACCAUAUGACUUGUGUGCAAAUUGAAGCCAUCCUAAUUUCAUCUAUUAAGAAUUGCACUUAAGUUUCUUAUUUCAAUUUUUGUUGCAGUUGUUUUGUUUUUUUUUGUAUUUCAGAUUUGCGACCUUCCCCAUUCUGGUUUUAUUCUCAGCUGUUCACUUAUUAGGCCCUUAUUCAUAAAUGCCUUCUGAACGUUGUCAGUCUUGUCAAGGCUCUCCACAGCUUCUUAUUGGCUCUGUCUCCAGGUCUGUGUUACUAAUAAAACACUUGUCAGUAUCGA